CCCUCUCCCCUCUGAUUGGACAAAAGACUAUACGCCCCGCCCCUUCUUGCUCCAUGUGGUCUCUCGCUGCUCUGACUGCGCCUCCUGCCCGUCACUCAAACAGCAGCCAACCAAUCGGACGCCUUUGUCCUUUGGGCUCGCGUCACACACCGGCAGCUAGCGCUAAUAUCCAAGAUGUCGGCUACCUCCGUGUUCACCAUGUGUGUGCGGGCGAGCCGGGGCCUCCUGCGGCUCCGGAACGGGGCGGCGGGCGCCUCGACCCCGGCAGUGGCAGACAUCAUCCGGAUGCUUUCCACGGACAAGCCCCCGGCCUCGUCGGGCGGAGCGACGGGCGGUCUGGCUCAGGCUAUCCUCCAGGAGAGACUCCAGCAGCAGCAGCAGAGUCAGGGCCAGCCUCCGCCUGAAGGAGGCACUGGAGAGAAGGACGGAGAGCAGACGGAGGACAAGAAGCAGAAGGAGAACACGGCAUACGCCAAGAAGAUGGUGCUGAGGCUGGCGGGGCUGAUGGGGGUCGGAGGGGCGGUCGGCAUCGUCUACAUAUUCGGUACAAACUCUGUGGACGAACAGGGAAACAUGAUUCCAGACGAAUUCGACAGAGACCCUCCGGUCCUCCAACAGUUGAAAAGGACGUACAAAUACUUUCAAGACUACAGACAGAUGAUAAUCGAGCCGACGAGCCCGAAGCUGCUCCCCGACCCGCUGAAGGAACCGUACUACCAGCCGCCCUACACUCUGGUCCUGGAGCUCACUGACGUCCUGCUGCACCCGGAGUGGUCGUUGUCGACAGGCUGGCGCUUUAAGAAGCGUCCAGGUAUCGACUAUCUGUUCCAGCAGCUGGCUCCGCUCUACGAGAUCGUCAUCUUCACGGCAGAGACCGGCAUGACGGCGUAUCCUCUGAUCGACAGCAUCGACCCUCAGGGCUUCGUCAUGUAUCGCCUCUUCAGAGACGCAACACGCUACAUGGAGGGCCAUCACGUGAAGGACGUUUCCUGCCUGAACCGAGACACCAGCAAAGUGAUCGUGGUGGACUGUAAACGGGAAGCGUUCAGCCUGCAGCCCUUCAACGGCAUGGCCCUGAAGAAAUGGGACGGGAACUCCGAGGACCGGACGCUCUACGACCUCGCCAACUUCCUCAAAACCAUCGCUCUGAGCGGCGUGGACGACGUUCGCUCCGUGUUGGAGAACUACGCUCUGGAGGACGACCCCAUUGAGGCCUUCAAACGCCGCCAGGCUCAGCUGGCCCAGGAGGAGGAGCAGCGAUUGGCCGAGUUGUCGCAGCAGAAGAAGCAGGGUUUGUCUCUCGGCUCCAUCACCUCCAGGUUCUGGCGCUCCAAGCAGCAGUGAGCCCCGCCCCCUCCGGCACACUUCCACCAAUCACAGCUGGGCUCUCCACCAGGCGUCCAGGUGAGGGGAGGGGCCGGAUCCCGAUCGCGUCUCGGCGGGCUGGAAACGGAGCGAAGACAUUGGCCGGCUUCCGCACCGCUUCCUGGUUUUACGGGGGCAGGGCUUGGGCGGCGGCAUCCCUUCCUCGGUCACCUCGGUGUCACCUGAUGCGUUUUUCAAGCUGCUGAUUGGUUUAAAAACAAAAAAAGAAACUAAGCGAGAGGAUCUGGGUCAGUUUAAAGUCUUGUCGUUGGCGGUUGGGGUCCAAUCUGGGACCAGCGUCUAUCGCCACUCCGGCUCUGGUCCGGCCCGCCGCCCGCAGGACCUGACCUGAGAUCAGCGUCUGUCCUGUCCUUCAGAAUGUGUCUUUAUUUUAUUUUCUACUCUGUGUCUCCAACUGACGGACCAUGUCAGAAAAUAAAUAUGGUUUAUAAGUAUAAACAAACUACGUAGUGUUGAUAACAGUUAAAGGAUGUUGAAUAUGUCCGAGGGCAUGGCGGCGACAGCAUCAUGGACUGAACUUCAGCCGGCGGACGUGAUAAAGACGAGUUGAGAUUGAGAAAAAGAAGUUUGAAGUAGAUUUCCUCGUCCAUCCUGAUGUCUUUCAUUCACACAAUUAAAGGAUAAAAAUCAGCUGUAUUUUCACUUCUCUUGCUUCCGUAAAUCUCCAAGACGUACGGUUCCAUCUUUAAGCAACGAUGAGGAUCUUUUGCAUCCGUUGGGGGACUAUUUUCAGCAGCGGAUUCGUCCACAUUUGGUGCUCUGGUGAGGAUUUACGGCGGCGGUUUGUGGCAGAUUUAAAGGCCCAUUCAUGGUUUCCACGUGACCAACGUGGAUCCAAACACUGGAAAGAAUGCUCCUCUCAAAACAAGAAAAAAACACUUAUUCAAGGAAAUUUUACCUUGACAUAAGUGAAAAAAUCUGCCAACAGAACAAGUGAAAAAUGUCUUGGUAAGAUUUCUAGAAAUAAGAUAUGAUAUUUAGAAUAUUGAGAUCUCAAAAUUAGCUGGGAAAACUUAUUUUAAGCUCUAUUUUACCUGGAUUGUCAAGCUUUGGUGAUUUCUUUGUGAAUGUUCUUAAAGAAAAUUUUAGAAGUUUUGCUGAUAUAUAUGGAAUCUCUUUGGAUAUUUUUAGGAUUUUUUGGAAGAUUUUUACUCAUUUUUAAAAAAAUAUUUACAAGAAUUUUCUUGCCAAAUUUGAAGGAUUUUUUUUUUAAAAAAUAAAAUUUUAAGGGAAACUUUUAAGGAAUUAUUGGAAUUUUCUUCCUGAAGAUUUUGCAAAUUUUCAGAAAUUUGGGGAAUUUUUUUGCUGAUUUUUUGGGGAUUUUUUCAGACAAGGAAACAGUAUUUUAUGGUGCCUGUUAAUGAGGACAACAGGAGGGUUAAUACAGCUCAAAUUAGGAGGUUACAUGAAAGCAAAAAUCUAUUUUUGAGUGAAAAACUGCUUUUUUUUUGCACAUCUGGCUUAUUUUAAGACCCCUAAUCCUGGUAAAAUAGAGCUUAAAAUAAAUUUUCCCAGCUAAUUUUAAGAUCCCAAUAUUCUAAAUAUCAUAUCUUAUUUCAAGAAAUCUUACCAAACCAUUUUUCACUUGUUCUGUUGGCAGAUUUUUUUCACUUAUUUCAAGAUAAAUGUUCCUUGAAGUAAGUUUUUUUUUCUUGUUUUGAGAGGGGCAUUUUUUCCAGUGUGAUCUCUGGAGACUCCAGAACGCCCCACUGGGUUUGGGCUCCGUUGAUGGAAAGCUUGUUCCAAAACAAAGAACCUCCAAAGUCCUGCUUCAGUUACAACUCUGGUGAAGAAGGAAUAGAAAGGAGUGAAGAGCCAUUUCUCAUGUCCAGUGUCUGGUUUUAAUCUGUCCUCCUGAUACGUCUGCAGUCAGUAUGAGGACAUCGUCAACCUCAGAUUUUUACAGAUCCUCGGCGACUCGUGGAAGCCAUGAAUCGGCCUUAAAAGUAUCAACUAGUUCUGUCUGAACAUUAAUUUUAUGCUAAUGCAAAUUGCACCAUGGGAUGUAGCAGAACGAUUGAAUGACACCAACCAAAGAGGAUGGUUUUACCGAUCAUUUAAAGAUCCUGUGUUGUUAAAGUCUGACGUCUUCACAGUGUUUUUUUACAUUUUUUUUUAAGCUCCAAACACUCCAGAGAUGGUUGAUUUCUCCAUGACUGUAAAACUGCAGGUUUUAGUCCUGUUUUAAACAAGCUAUUUUUAAACUUGUGUUUGUAUCAAGACUCAAAAUCACCACAAAAAAAGUAAAACGACAGAAUAAUGAGGUGAAAUCACCACAAAAAGAUCCAAAAUCACCAGAAAAACAUGCAAAAUCAUCACCGAAAGAGAGACAAAAUUACCAGUAAGACUCAAAAUCACCACAUUAAGAUAUAAAAUCACCAAGAAAAGAUGUAAAAUCAAAACAAAAAGAUAUAAAAUCAACACAAAAAUAUGCCAAACCAUAACAAAAAGACUCAAAAUCAUUACAAUGAGGCAAAAUCAGCACAAAUACAUGCAAAAUCUCCACCAAAAGAGACGAAAUUACCAAUAAGACUCAAAAGAUGCUUAAUCACCUCUAAAAGACAAAAUAUCAACACAAAAAUAUGCCAAAUUAGUAGGAUAAGACUCAAAAUCACCACGUAGAGAUGUUCAACCACCAUGAAAAGAUGUAAAAUCAUCACAAAAAUAUUAAAAAUCAUCAAAAUACAUGCAAAAUCUCAACAAAAAGGUGAAAUUACCAUUAAGACUCAAAAUCACCACAAACAUGUAAUAUCACCACUAAAAUAUGUAAAAUCAUCACUAAAAGAUGCAAAAUCGUGAGGAAGGGAUGUGAUCUUAUCCAAAAAGAUGCUUAAUCAACUCUAAAAGAUAUAAAAUCAACAUAGAACUAUGCCAAAUUACUACGAUGAGACUCAAAAUCACAACAAAAUGAUGUAGAAUUGUCAUGAAAAGUUUCUUAAUCAUCUGAAAGAGAUGUAAUAACACAAAAAUGUAACAAAUCAUCACAAAAACAUGCAAAAUCAUGACCGAAAAGGUGAAAUUACCAUUGAGAUCCAAAGUCACCACAAAAAUAGCAAAAUCACCACCAAAAGAGAGACGAGAUUACCAAGAAUACUCAGUCACCACAUAGAGACGUACAGUCACCACAAAAAGAUGCAACAUCAACACAAAAAGAUGUAACAUCAACACAAAAAUAACAAAAUUACUCAAAAUCAUUACAAGACAAAAUCACCACAAAAAGAUGUAAAAUCAUCAAAAAACAUCAAAAAUCUACAAAAAAGACAUGAAAUUAAGACUCAAAAUCACCACAAAAAGAUGCAAAAUCACAUCGAAAGAUGCUUAAUCACCAUGAAAAGAUGUAAUAUCAGGACUAAAAUAUGCAAAACCCCGGCGAUGAGACACAAAAUCACCACAAAACAAUGUAAUAUUAUCCAAAAACAUGUUUUAUCACCUCUAAAAGAUGUAAUAUCACCCAGAAAUAUGCCAGUUCAUCUCAAUAACAUGCAAAUUCUCUACAACAAAGAGGUGAAAUUACAGAUAAAAUUCAAAAUCACCACAAAAACAUACAAUAUCUCCACCAAAAGAGAUACGAGAUUAUCAAUAAGACUCUAAAUCACCAUGAAAAGAUGUAAAGUCAUCACACACUCAAAUCAUUACAAUGUGACAAAAUCACCACAAAAAGUUGUAAUAUAAACACAAGAAUGUGCGAAAUCAUCAAAAAAACACAUGCAAAAUUUCUACAACAAAGAGGUGAAAUUACAGAUAAAACUUAAAAUCACCACAAAAAAGCAAAAUUACCCACAAGAAAGACAAGGUUACCAGUCAGACUCAAAAUCACCACGUAGAUGUAAAAUCACCAUGAAAAGAUGUAAAAUCACCACUAAAAUAUCGCAAAAGAUGCAAAAUCAUGGCAAUGAGGCACAAAAUCACCACAAAAAGAUGUAAAAUUACCACUAAAAGAUGCAAAAUCAUCACAAAAAGAAGCAAAAUCACAACAUGAAGAGGUGACAUUACCUUAGAGUUUAGCAGAAGCACCUGUAGGUAGUAAAUAUCCUUAUUGGACUGAGAGGCUCAUUCUGAGUGGUUCACCUGGAUGCAGUGAGGGGGCGGGGCUAUACAACGAAUCUGUAAGACCAUUGUAAGACCACUGCUGGCUAGCUUGUAAAACUGGGAGGUUAUCUAGCAAUGGGGGUCUUUAGAUAACUUUUACUUUAAACCUUUAAGAUUCUAAAUCAUACAAACACAACCAGAUUUUCACCAUUUGGGACCUUUAAACCUUUAAAUCAUCAUUUUCUGGCCCUCGCCGGAGAGCAUUGUGGGGUUUAGCUAGCAAUGGGCACCAUGACAACUACUACUGUGGUGGUUAAUGACCUCCAAUCAGGGCUGGAAGACCAUUGGUUGGUUAGUUCCUGCUGGCUAGCUUGUAAAACUCGGAGGUUAUCAAGUUUCUAAAUCAUACAAAAACUGAUUUUCACCAUACGGGACCUUCUGGCCGUUGCUGCAGAGCAUCGUGGGAGUUUAGCUAGCAACGGGCACCAUGACAAAGACUACUAGUGGUGGUUGAUGACCUCCGAUCAAAGCUGGAUAGUUCCUACUGGCUAGAUUGUAAAACUAGGAGGUUAAGUAUCUGUUGGGGGCUUUUAGACAGCUUUUACUUGAAACAUUUAAGAUUCGAAAUCAUACAAAAACAUCCAGAUUUUCACCAUGCAGGACCUUUAAACCUUUAAAUCAUCGUUUUCUGGCCCUCCCCGGACAGGAGAAGCAUCCAAAGAAGAGCCGUCUGUAUGUCCAGAAACACGUUUUCAGCUGCCGGCCGCCUCAUGUUGCAUUGUUGGGUCACGAUGUGAACGCUCUGUCGACAAUAAACCAAACGAACCAGCAGGUUGCUGUUCAGACUUCAGUUUUUAUUCCAUCAUACCGAAAUGGAGCUUGUUGAGGUUUGCCUCCCUUCAAUUAUAACAGCAGGAUUUUGAAUUCCACUCCUGCCCGUUGUAUAAAUAAUUUUAAAGCUUU